CGGGGUGGGCCGGGCGGGGGGUGACCCCGGCGUUCCUGCUCCGGGGGCCUCAGACCUCUCGGGAGAGCGCGGCGCAGCGCAGGUAACCCGCCCCGGCCUCCGCGACCCUGCGACCCCCGGUCCUCCACCUCGCCCCUCCGACAGGCCUGCCCAGGGCGGGGGGCCGGGGACCCCUACCGGCCGGCCGCUGCGCGGGGGUCUGGACGUGAACCGUGCGCGGUCCGGCGGGGGCGCGCGCCGGCGGGGAGAGCCCGGGGUGUCCGCGGGGUAGCGCAGAACCCAGAGCCGGGUCUCCCCGGGGGAGCAGGUGUGGGUUCUAGCUGUGCGGCCUUGGGCGAGUCACCUAGCUUGGCUGUGCCUCCGUUUCCCUGACGUUAAAAUUAAAAAUCAGGAAACAAAUCAGAUGCAGCAGUUUCUUGACAUGGAGAACCAAGCCCAGAAUACGAUGGGAGCUUCUCCUUGUGAGGCCGAACUUCAGGAAUUAAUGGAACAAAUUGACAUCAUGGUAAGCAACAAAAAAUUGGAUUGGGAAAGGAAAAUGCGGGCUUUGGAGACACGAUUAGAUCUUCGGGAUCAAGAGUUGGCGAACGCGCAAACUUGUUUGGACCGGAAAGGUCAAGAGGUGGGGUUACUCAGACAGAAGUUGGACAGUCUGGAGAAAUGUAACUUAGCAAUGACGCAAAAUUAUGAAGGACAACUGCAAACCCUAAAAGCUCAAUUUUCCAAACUGACGAAUAGCUUUGAGAAACUGAGACUACACCAGAUGAAACAAAGUAAAGUUCGGCGGAAGGAGUUACCACACCUCAAAGAAGAAAUACCCUUUGAACUGAGCAAUUUGAACCAGAAAUUAGAGGAAUUUAGAGCGAAGUCAAGAGAAUGGGACAAGCAAGAGAUACUGUAUCAGACUCACCUGGUAUCUUUAGAUGCUCAACAAAAAUUAUUAUCUGAGAAGUGUAAUCAAUUUCAGAAACAGGCACAAAGUUACCAAACUCAACUCAGCGGUAAAAAACAGUGCAUAGAAGACAGCAGCUCGGAAGACCCUCCUCGGUUGACAUGUGACCCGGAUCACAGUUGCAAAACCAGUGAAAGAGAUGAGUUCAUUAUUGAAAAACUGAAGUCGGCUAUGAGUGAAAUAGCGUUAAGCAGGAAUAAGUUACAGGAUGAAAAUCAGAAGCUCCUGCAAGAACUGAAGAUGUACCAAAGACAGUGCCAGGCCAUGGAAGCAGGACUCUCAGAGGUGAAAAGUGAGUUACAAUCACGUGAUGAUCUCUUGAGAAUUAUAGAAAUGGAACGAUUGCAGCUGCACAGAGAAUUAUUAAAAAUAGGAGAGUGCCAAAAUACUCAAGAAAGUAAGAAAAGACUUGAGUCACCUUAUUCACCUUCUACUAAAGAACCAGAAAGGAAAAGGAAAGAGCCGUUUUCAGUGACCCUAGAUCAACCAAAUCAUGAAAAAGAAUUGAACAAGAUAAGAAGCCAACUCUAUCAGGAGGAAGAGUACCAUGGCUCUGAGCAGGAAAGAAUGAGGAACGAAAUCUCUGACCUAACAGACGAGCUUCAUCAGAAGGAGAUCACUAUAGCAACUAUCAUGAAGAAAGCUGCCCUUCUGGAAAGACAGUUAAAAAUGGAGUUAGAAAUAAAAGAAAAAAUGUUAGCAAAACAACAGAGUAUGGACUUCACUAACAGGGAACAUUCAAGGCAUGCAUCUAUUAACAAGCUGGAAUAUGAGAAUGAAAGGCUCCGAAAUGAUCUUGCAAAACUUCGUGCCAAUGGCAAAUCAGCAUGGGCUAACCAAAAUACCUAUGAGGAAAUGGGACAGUACACCUAUCAAAACCAAAUAAAAAUGGAAAAACAUGAAGAAAGACUCAGCCAAGAUCGUGAGCCAAACAGAAGCGCGACGCCACCACUGCCACUUUUGCCGUUUCAAACCAAAGAAAUGACAAGUCCCCUGGUUAGUGACGACGAAAUGUUCCCACUGUCUCCCCCAGAUAUAGUCUUCCCAGCCUCUCUGGCUGCACAGCAUUUCCUUCUGGAGGAAGAGAAGCGAGCGAAAGAAUUUGAGAAACUUCUAAAUACACAUAUUGAUGAACUGCAAAGACAUACAGAAUUUACUCUUAAUAAAUACACCAAGCUAAAACAAAAUAGACACAUAUGAGCUUUUAAACUCUUUUAUUUGUUUCCCCCACCCUAAGAAAAAAAGCUCUGGCAAAAUAUUUACAAAGCUGAAUAAUGCAACUGAGAAAUUUUGUUCUGUUUUCUUAAGUAAAUCAUUUCUGUUAGGCAGCUAGAAAAUAGUAAGUAUUUUGUUCGAUAAAGCUGUUUGUAUUUCUGCAUUUACAUAAUAAAUUGUUUGGCUAUAGAGUUACGAUAAAAUAAACAUGACUACUCCAAAAGAGAUUUGUUUCCCAGUCUAAGGAAUAUUGUGGAAUUACAUAUGGGGGUUUUCCCCCACUUGAAUCAUGUACACUGAAACCCAUUUCCUCUGUAACAACAUAAAAUGAGGGAAAGGGAAUGCCGCAUUCCAAAUACCAAUGCCUCGAGUGCGGCUCAGUUGUUCUAGGUUUGAAAACUCAAGGAUUUUUUAAAAAUGAAAGACAUUAUUUUAAGCUAUGUCAACAUCCUAAAAGUUCUUUUAGAAAAAGAAAAGUACAGCUUUACUGGUUCUGCAUUCAUCCUUGUAAUGUCUCUGUUUUAACACAAGAAGACGUGGAACGUGCUUUUUACACACUUAACAUAUAUGCGCCAAUCAGAGAUUAAUGCUGUCCUGUUAGUACUAAUGACUUCAUGGACACGAACAAGAUCAAGAAGAUAUAAAACAUUACCAUUGUGACAAUCUCCUCUGUAAUACCUCUGUUUUUAAUACAAUAAAGGAAUACGAAAUUCUGUGGACUGAAAACAUAAAUGCCAAAUCUGUAUACAACAGUAAUAGCAUGGUAGUGGACAAUAAAAUUCAAGUUACAAACAUAUAAGCAUGAUAAUCCCUUCUUCUUUCUUUAAAAAUGACAUUUAUAUAAAGCUUAUGAAAAAUCCCUCUAUACUCAAGGUAAGUCCUACAGCUUUUAUAGUUUUCUUUUUCCCUUUGAAAAGACUGAAUCUCGACAUACUGAAAGAUGAGGUCAAGAUGUCUUUAGAUAACAAAGUGUCAUUGUCAUGUGAAAAAUGCAGAGCCCUGUUCCCUUUAAGUGAUG